AUGCACCCACCUUCCCUUGCUGUGCCCCUGCAAACUCUCCUUCCCCCCCUCCUCACCCCCCUUCUUCCCACUCCUCCAGUGGCGGGGAUGGGCGAGGCAGACGAUCCGCUGUUCCUGGGGUUUGGAGGGCACCGCCUGGCCGUGUCACGGCAGCUCGCAUGCACCCCCAUGAACGUGGGCUCGGGGGACGUUGCUGACGACCCCCUGCCGUGUGUCCUGGACCCUACACGUACCACGAUACCAUGCGUGCUGCGCUUACAAUUUGAUGCCAUCCCUUCCCGUCCUGGCCUGCUCUCCCUGCUAGGCCUGUUUUCACCCACACUACUCCUCUGCCUGCAGCCCCAUCACCCACCCUCACGUCCCACUUCCCACCACUGCCUCUCGUCCGCGUGCUCCCACUGCCCCCACUGCCCGCCCUACCACCGGCAGGCAUGGAGGGCGAGCCUGCAGGCUCAUUCUCCUACAGCAUGCUCUUCAACCUCCCUGCCACCGUCUACUAUGAUGACGGCGCCCUGCCAGGCGGAGCACAGCACAUCACCCUCUCUUCUCCCUCCACCUCCGCCGCCUCCUCUGCCAGUGUUCUUUCUAACGGUGCUCCCUUCGACAGGAGACGAUGCUGCUGGUCAAGUCAAUGCCAGUGACAGCACCACCACUUCUAGUACCGCGCUCUUCCCCACCUCCGACCCCACUCCUACCUUCAACCCCACUUCAAACCCAAACCCCAAACCAACUCCGCCAUCCACCACUACACCUUCCUCCUCCUCCGCGUCGCUGGUCUAUCUCUGUGCACCGGGGUGCGGGCUGCAGCGGUUGGCGAACGGGGUGUGCGAUGCGCCGUGCAACACGCGUGCAUGUGCCUUUGAUGGAGGGGACUGCGCGUGUGUGGACCCGCUCUUUGGCCCCGGCAUCUGCGCCUGCCCGCCCGCCCACACUCGCCGAGACGACGGCUCGGUGGGGACCAACCUCAACUUCCCCUUCUCUCUGCAGCGCUACGGCCCCAACUACACCGAAACCAACCACGCCUUUGCUGCUGAGCGAGACACCGCUGCCAACCGCUUUGUAUCGCAUCACAACCGGCUGUUGAUAGGCAUGGUACUGCAGCAGGACAGGUGGGGAACGGAGGUCUGCACCGGACAAGGGGUGCUGCACCUGGGAGGCUGGUGCAGCAAUGGCCCGUCCAGUGAACCCUUUGGUGUGAACCCGCACUUCCUGCCCACCUCGCCCAUCUACGACAGCGCUGCCAGCGCCAAUAUGACCCAGCUCGACAACAGCACGUUUGGAUCCAAGCUGCUCUUCAACCCGCAGGGCCUCCCGUACGGCUUCAUCUACCCUGUUGACGAGCUGCAGCACUUCCCCCUGGUGUUUGACAUCAACCUGGACAACGACGCGGCCACGCGGCGCCUGCACUACCUCAUGGAGGGCGGGUACAUUGACAACAGCACUCGCAGCGUCGACGUCACCUUCAUCACCUUCAACGGUACUAAACCGCUGUUUCUGCAGCAGCAGCAGCAGCAGCAGCAGCAGCAACGGUUAUGCUUUCUCUGGCGUUCUGCUUGUGUGCACUGCACGGCAACCCACUCCUCGUGUGGCGCAUGCUCUGCUCCUAUCGCCCCUCUCCUGCGAGGCGCGCACGUUCGUGCUGACCACAGUAACUUGCACCGUGAACACGGGCGGGCAGAUCGGCGUGACGAUAAAGUCGCAGCCAGCGGCGAUGCACAUGUGGCGGCGGCACGCGAGAUGAUGGACCAUGUGCACAUGGAGGGCUCUGUGCUGGGGUACUUUGGCCUCGUGUGGAACUGGGUCGAUCUCUUCUCACUCGCGCUGCAGUUCACUGCUAUUGUCAUCUGGUUGGUGCUGUGGAGGGCAGUGGAGUCAUUUGACAUGCAGCCGCGCUACAACAUCUACUACUCGCUGCUGGAGAUGCCGCGCUACUGGGCCGUGCCCAACCCGCCGAUGGGGUUCCUGCUGGCGGGACAGGCCUUCCUGGACCUGCGCUACAUCAUCAACAUGCGCGCCGUGUACUUCGCCCUGCAAGGCAUCAACCUGUUCCUGAUGAUGGUGCGUCUGCUCAAGUUGAUGGUCUUCCACCCGUACCUGGGGAGCGUUGAGGUUCCUCGAAACGAAAACGCACCUCCUCCUGCCGUCCUUACUUACCCCACGCAUCCCCUGCCCUCUCCCAGCCUGUUCCUGAUGAUGGUGCGUCUGCUCAAGUUCAUGGACUUCCAGCCAUACCUGGGCGUCAUCACGCGCUCGCUCGCCCUCGCCACGCCCUCGCUGCUGCACUUCUUCCUGCUCUCCUUCGCUGUCUUCUUCUGCUUCAGCAUGUAUGCCUACCUCGUCUUCGGAGGCGCUCUCGAACAGGUGUGUGGGUGUGAUGAGGAGCAGUUCUCCACGAUCCUCACCUCCAUGUUCUCCUGCUUCCUGCUGCUCCUCAACGACAACUCCUCCGCCUACUUCUUCCAGCGCCUCGAGUCCUGGGACCUCAUCGCAGCGAUGCUAUUCUUCCUCAUGUUCAUCGUGCUCAUGGUCUUCAUCCUCCUCAACUUCCUCAUCGCCAUAAUUGUUGAUGCGUUCAUGAGCGUCAAGGACAGCAAUGUGGUCGCCACGUCUAUUACGUCGGAUGUUGCGCAUAUUGUCAAGUACAAGUGGAACUGCUGGUGCGGGCGUUACAUGCCGUACUCGCGCCUGCUGCGGCACCUUGUGAACCUCGGCGCCAAGGACACGCGCGUGGAUGACGCGGACCGUCGGAUGCGCCGCUACAAGUCGAUCCAACGGCGGGUGGGGUCUGUGUUCUCCAGCCGGGUUGGCAGCGGCCACACCGCCUCCUCGUCGCACUUCACGCGUGCAGCCGACUCGCACCCCGCCUUCCCCGCGGCGGCCGUGCCUCGGGUGCGGAAGCAGCACGUGCUGACUGUGAAGGACAAGCGCAUUGAUGAAAUCUCCCUCUCCAUUAUCUUGCAGCGACGCCUCGACCGCGAGCGGGCGCGCGGGCACCAGUCAGCAUCCAUGAAGCCAUUGGACCCCGUGCACUCUGCAGUCGUGUUCUCAUCCGUGGGCUCGGGCACGGGAGCGCAUGACACGGGAAUGGAGGAGCUGUCGCAGGCGCUGGUGCUGCAGUGCGGCGAGGUGGUGAAGCAGUCGGCGCUGCCAGUCAAGAAGCCCGUGCUGAAGCUCAGCCUGGCGCACAUCCAGGAGGAGGUGGUGCGAAGCCAGCAGGCGGUGGAGGAGGUGAGGGGCAUGGUGGUGGAGCUACAGAGCGAGGCAUCCCCCACACACUCCACACUGAGGCAGCAGUCGCCUGAGCACGGGCUGUGCCAGAAAAGGCUGAGCGCAGAGAGCAGGGAUGAAGGGGACGAUGGCACGGCAGGAGAUGAGGGGGCGGUGGGGGAUUUGCAGCAGGCAGUAGGUAGUUCGGGUGGUGCAAGGAUAGGGUGUUUGGGAGGUGGCUUCUUUCAAUCUGUAAGGCACCACAUGUUUCACCUCAUGCGGAAAUGA